GAUCCCGACGAGCCGAAGUAUUGUUACUGUAACCGUGGGAGCUAUGGAGAGAUGGUGGCUUGUGACAAUGAUGUGUGUCCGCGGGAGUGGUUCCAUCUGGCGUGUACAGAACUCAGGGAGGCGCCGAGUGAAGAAGACAAGUGGUAUUGCAGAGAUUGU